AUGAGGGUGGAACUUUCCAACAGUUGCAAUCUCGCGGUCCCGCAGGCCAGCGGCACCGAGCCCCUCCUAGAUCACGUACCGUCCACUCGUACUACAUGUACUGGCAACCGAUGGGAAGAUGCUGCACUUCGUUGGACAGGCGGCGGGUCCAAGGGAGAGUACUCGUCGCUCGUCGGUUCGAAGGAUCCGAAAAAGACGGGAAAGAGCUGCAAAUCCUGGGGAAUCUGCGUCCCUCAGCUCCUCAUGAUUUUGAUUGUCUUCAGUUUUACUGGCGCUGCCAUUUGUGGUGCAGUUUUUGAUUGGCAUGGCAAGCAUCAUCGUCAUCGUAGUCAAGCGCACCACCAUCGCUCAGACUCCAGCAAUGAAACGGGAUUUCAUAAGAGAGGCAAUGGCCUGGACCACGACAGGACUCUCUGGGCAUGGCUGUUCGGGGGCCCGGAUCAGUCUCACACUUCUCAUAGGCAGCACAGCAAGCAGACGAGACAUAUCGAACCACACAAGCAUCACCACCAGCAUCAUAAAGGCCAUCUCCAUCACCUCCACUCGGACCAUGACCUCAAACAUGUCGACGGGGAAGCGCACGAACAUGAUGAUCACCAUACCGGUAGCAGUUCCAGUGAAGACGAAUAG